UUUUCCUCUUUUUUACCAGUCAAAUAUUUCUUUAUUGCGAAACCCACCCUUUCUCUCACACUCAGAAUAUAGAUUGUUCCACACAACACACUUACCGUGUCCCCUUCACUCAGUUCGUUAGCCGCACAUCAUAAAAAACCCUUUUCCGUUUUCCCCCAUUUUCUCCACUCACUCACCCGCCUUCCACUCACUCACCAUGCCUCCCUCCACCACCACUCUCCACCACCCUUUCCCCACCCUCUAUUCCUAAACUAACGCCGUUCCCCCAGGUAGUUCCUGGACAACCCUGAACAUUUUUUGUUUUGGUUGAUUUUGGCUCUUAAAAUGAAACCACAAACCAAUGGUUCUAGAGUUCAUAAAGCAAAUCAUACUCGUGUUGAAGGGCCUAAUUGGCUUAUUAUUGCUGCUGGUGCUUUGUUGAGUACAUUGUCUAUUCGUCUUGGUUACAAGUUGAAACAAGCACUUGACUCAAAGCCGAAGCAUAAUGCAACUACUAUUCUUAAAGGAAAUGGAAAAUCCUCCAACAUAAGGAAACCUCCAGAUUGCUUUAUGCAGCCUAAUAGAUAUUCCCAAACGCAAGAUAAUCAUGGCUGCUUCAGUUGCAAUUCAGGAACUGGAGGUUCUAUGGAACUAAAGUGCCCACAAAAUGGACAGAUGCUUAGUGAAUUCAACGGGGCCCUCCCUUUGGUGACUGUUCCUCCUGCCGAGUUUAGCAAAGAAAAUGGUGUUGUCUGGUCUUGCUCCCCUGAUCGUCUUGAAUUGCCUUCAAAGCCAUUCCAUCUUUCAAACUGUUCAGAUUCACCAUGUGUGUCAGAAUCUGGUUCUGAUAUUUUCAGUAAGCGGGAAGUCAUACAGAAACUUCGACAACAAUUGAAGAGAAGAGAUGAUAUGAUACUAGAGAUGCAAGAUCAAAUGGCUGAAUUGCAAAAUUCACUCAAUGAUCAGCUGGGACUUUCUUCUCAUUUGCAAUUGCAGCUCGAAGCUACAAACCGGGACUUAUUUGACUCAGAGAGAGAGAUCCAACGGCUAAGGAAAGCAAUUGCAGAUCAUUGUGUUGGAUAUGUUCCCCAUGACAAAUCUUCCACUGGCACGGCUUGGUCUGCCGAGACACGAAAUGGCCAUCCAAAUGGUGAUAUUAAUUUGGACCUACCUGAAAAAACAAGGGACGAGGAGGAGCGAAUCGAAAUGCUGAAAAGGCAAGUGGGAGAAUUGAAAGAGGCAAUAGAAGGAAAGGAAUACUUACUCCAAAGCUACAAGGAGCAAAAGGCGGAACUCUCUUUGAAGAACAAGGAAUUGCAGCAGAGAUUGGAUUCUCAGCUGCCUAAUAUUUUGUAGAGUUUGUGAAUACUUUUCUUCUUUUCGUUUUCAGUGUCUUCUUCCCUCAUUCUUUUAUUUUCUCACUGUAAUUAGCUCAACUUUGAUUGUUCGAUAUCGUUUCAAAGUUUAUGCGGUGCGGAGAACAUGAGGGUUGAGUAUUCCAGAUUUGGCAAGAUGAAUGCAUAUUGGUCCAAGAAAUAGAAAAUGUUACUCUUUCUUUUUUU